AUGCGAUCACUGACCCCGUUGGGAGUACAAAUAUCCUCAUUGGAGCAAUUCGGAUCAUCCAGUAAAGCUGGAAAUAUAGCUAUAAAUCCUGAAGAUGGAACCGUAUACCUCACAACAGAACGAUCAGCAGAAGAAGGUGGAAUUGAAAUAGACAUCUUACAGAUCUCGCCAGAUAACCUGGAACCCGAGAUUAUCGCUUCGUUCACAACACCUGUUCUAGCACCUUUCGACAAACCAGAUUAUUUAGGUGAAUCUCUCGAUUUGCAUUAUCUGCCCGAUGAUAGGAGUAUAGUGAUUCUAUUGGCUGGAGGCGAUAUAGCUACUCUAUCACUGGAAGGAUCAGAUGGUGGUGUAUCACCUGUCGAAGUAGUCGGUUCGAUAGAUAGCGGUAUCAAAGCUGCAGCUUGGGCACCGGAUGAUGAACAACUUGUCUUAGUUACUGGCGAAGAUAACUUAGUUUGUAUGACAAGGCAUUUUGAUGUUAUACAUGAAGAACCACUAAGAUCAGAUGAUUUUGGUGAAGAUAAAUUCAUCAAUGUCGGAUGGGGAUCUAAGACAACUCAAUUUCACGGAUCAUUAGGAAAAGCAGCUGCUAAAGCACCUAUCAAUACAUCUCAAUCAAUAUCACAUCCAACAGAUACAGGUCUACCUGAAAUCACUUUCAGAGGAGAUGCAUCCUAUUUCGCUAUAUCGUCAUUAGAUCCAUAUCCCAACGAAACAGAAAAAGGUAGACGCCAAAUAAGGGUUUAUUCAAGAGAUCCUAAUUCAGGUUUUAUACCUAAAUUAUCAUCUACAUCGGAAAACUUACCUGGAUUAGAAGGGAGUCUGAGUUGGAGACCUUCAGGAAACCUUAUCGCUUCGCUGGUCCGAUAUGGUUAUGAAGGUGGUGGGGAAGGUAGAGAAGGUAAAUGGGAUAUUGCAAUGUUAGAGAGAAAUGGUUUAAGACAUGGGGGAUUUGAAUUAAGAGAAAACCCACAUACUUGGAAAAACGGUAGAGUUAGAGGAAUGAAAUGGAAUAGUGAUAGUGAAGUCUUAGGUAUUUGGAUUGAGAGGGAAGCAAACGAUGUCGUCCAACUUUGGUCAAUGAAGAACUACCACUACUAUCUCAAACAAGAGUUGUUCUCACAUGACUCAUCCUCCACUCGGUUCAGAGGCUUCAAGUGGCACCCAGAACACCCGCUAUCUCUUUACCUGUUCGGCGAAAACUUCGUUCAAAAGCGAACCUUUGUCUGGGAUACUUUUACCGCCAGACUACCCAUGCCGCAUGAUACCGCCUCAGUCGCAGUUGUCGAUGGUCAAAAACUUCUCAUAACACCUUUCCGAACGCAAAACACUCCACCUCCAAUGUCAUCAUAUCAUCUCGCCCUGCCUUCCGUUCCUGUACACGUCAAUCUGUCUGACAUCACAGACUCCUUGUCAGUCCUCUUCGCCGAUGGUUUGGUUCAAGUAUGGGAUCUGAACACACGUCUGCCCGAUCCAAGUUCUGGAAGUCGACUUCGAGGAGGUGGUAAAGUCGCUGAGCCUAAAAUUAGAUAUUCUAAGACAUUGACAGGAGAAAAAAGAGUUGUGAAGCAACUGGCUAUAGGACCGGAAGGAAAGGUCGCGAUCUUAUCUUGGGCUGAGAAGAACGGAGUGGCUGAAUGUAGGAUUGAAAUUGUGGAUGAGAAAGAAGAUACGGAAGUUAUCGAAUUAGAAGACGAUGUUGAAAGAUUGCUGUGGACAGGAGAAGGAGGAUUACUUGUGCUCAAUACUGAAGGCCAACUUACAAGCGUGGCAAGGGAACAACCUGUAGAUGUCACACUAGGUCCUCAUCCAACUGCUCUCUCUUAUUCUGCAUCAUCAGAGCUCAUCUUUGCUCUUUCACCCAAUGCGAAACUCCACUUAGCAUGUCUAUCACCUUCUUCUCCAGCCUCUACUGCAAUCGCAUCGAAUGUUACAUCCUAUACUCUCACCCCCGAUUUCCUGAUAUACACCACUACAUCCCAAACGUCUCAUUAUGCUCCGUUGCCAACAUUGAAACGUCUAGCUCAUGGAGAGGAUCUCUUACCUGAUGAAAUGAUUUGGGAUGAAAGAAGGGUAGAAAGAGGUUCCCUGAUAGUAACAGCAUGUGAAAGUUCGAUGAGUCUAGUAUUACAGAUGCCAAGAGGAAAUCUAGAAACUGUUUAUCCUAGAGCAUUGGUACUAGCUGUUGUGAAACAAGACGUCUUAUCUGGUCAAUAUCGAAACGCUUUCUUGCAAUGUCGAAAACAUAGGUUGGAUCUGAAUAUCCUAUACGAUCUCGAACCAUCAAAAUUCAUGAACAGCUUGAAGGAGUUUGUGGAACAAGUACCGGAAGUAGAUUAUCUGAAUUUGUUCAUCUCUGCUCUGAACUCUUCCGACUCUGCUAGAGUUUUAUACGGUGAACAUAGUCAAGAUCCAUCUUCAUCUUCAUCUAAACCUGUUGACAAAGUCAACUCUCUAUGUGACUCGCUUCGAACCAUACUUGAACAGCGUGGAGUGGAACAAUACGUUGAGACCAUAUUGACUACUCAUGUAUGUAAACAACCAGCAGAUUACGAGUCUGGUCUGAGGGUGCUCUUACGACUUCAAGAGGACCAUCCGGAAAUAGUGGAAGAUGCUAUCAAAUACAUCAUCUUCCUUUCGGAUGUCAAUAAAUUAUACGACGUCGCCUUGGGGAUGUACAAUUUCCAAUUGGUACUCAUGAUUGCUCAAUAUUCGCAAAAGGACCCGAAAGAAUAUCUACCGUUUUUGAGGGAGUUGCGAGCUUUGGAAAAGUGGGAACAGAGAUUCAGGAUUGACGAUCAUCUCGCUCGAAGAGAAAGUGCUUUGAGGAAUUUGAAGCAGUCUGGUCCCGAACAUUUCGAAGAGGCAUCUUCCUAUCUCUCUCGAUACGAGUUAUAUGACGAAGCAUUCAAAUUGUAUUCUGAUGAUAUGGAACAUCUCCAAGUGAUACAUGAUUUAUAUGGAGAUUACCUGUAUGACCGAAGAGACUUCACCGACGCUGCUAUAUCUUAUGUCCUGGCCAAAAACGAGGAGAAAGCUCUGAAAGCAUAUGAAAAGGCUCACGCAUGGAGGGAGCUUUUCGUCUUAUCUAAGAGAUUGGGUAUUGGGAAAGGAAAAACUGUUGAUAUGUGUGGAAGGGUUACUGAUCACCUCGCAUCUAGAGGAAGACACCUUGAAGCCUCACAGAUAUUCAUUGAACAUGCUCAAGAUGUAGAUAGUGCUAUAGAUGUCUUAUGUAGAGGGACUGAAUUCAGUGAAGCCUAUCGACUGGCAUCGUUGCAUUCCCGAUCUGAUUUGAUCGAAUCGAUGAUUCAUCCAGGACUCGAAGAAGCGCAUGAAGUUCUGAUGGAAAUUUUCGAAGAAAUGGAAGGUCAGUUGGAUAAAGAGGUUUCCAGGAUAAAAGAGUUGAGAAAGAUAAGGGAGAAUGAUCCAGAAUCAUUCUACAUCGUGGAUACUGAACCGGCUAUUGAAGGUGUGGACGUAGCUACCAAUGCUACAACUGCCGUGACUGGCUUCACAAGGUACACAGUUGCUCCUACUACUGUUUUCUCGCAAACGACCAAAAUGACUGGUCAAACUGCCAAAUCGAAGCGAGGAAAGAAACGAGCUACAGGAAGAAGAGGUACAGUGGAUGAAUAUGAAUAUCUAGUAGCUAGUAUUGGAAGAUUGCUCAUCAGAGUGGAUGAGAAGAGUGGAGAAGCGACGACCCUUAUCAGACAUCUGAUAUUGGCUACUUCAGAUCAUGUGGAACUUGGAAGAUCAUUACAAGAUACCAUAACAAACUUCCGCGAUAAAUUAGAUAAAAGUAUAGAGUUCGCUUGGGAAGGUAGAGAUGAUAUACUUAAAGAAGUAGUUGAGAGUGGUGGUACGGCAUUAGAAGAUGGUUUAGAAAAGAGUUUGAAUUUGAUUAAACCCGUUGUAGGGGUUUGGAAAGGUGUUGGAAUGUUAUUGGGUUAA